AUGACUGUUAAUAAUGACGAGGUGUAUUAUACCACCAAUACAGAUCCAAACGUUUUACGUAUCUUUAUAAUUAGACAUGGUCAAACAAAUCACAAUGUUAAAAAAAUCUUGCAAGGACAUUUAGAUACAGAUUUAAAUGAAGAAGGAUUAGAACAAGCUUUCAAAGUUGGCAAGUACCUACAUGAUAAUAAGCGUAUCAAAUUUGAGAAAUUUUACUCAAGCGACUUAAAAAGAUGUCAGCAAACAUUGAAACAAAUUCUGAAAAGUUAUGAGGGUACUGAUACGAAUCUGCAAGGCACGGUUGUGUUUUCCGAUCAAUUAAGAGAACGUAGCAUGGGUGUUAUACAAGGCAUGCAUAUUGAUGAUGCUAUUGAAUAUGCUAAGAAAAAUGGGAAAGCUUCAUACAGAGAGUUUGGUGAACAGAAAAAUGAGUUUCACAAUAGGUUGACAAAAGCCUUUGAAAAAAUGGUCCAGCAGGAACCUAACGCCAAAAACAUUGGAUUAAUUAGUCAUGGUGGUUCUAUAAGAUAUAUUUUAUCUUGGUUGGGUUAUAAGAGUGAUGUCGAUGAUGUUGCUUUGAAAUUAAUUGUUUAUAACACUAGCGUUACUAUAAUUGACUAUAUUAGAGAUGAAAAAGUAUUUAAGAUUAGACUUAUUGGUAAUACUAAUCAUUUAGGAGAUGGUAAAUUUGUGGUCAAUGACACUAGAGUGCGCUAA